GGGGAUACUAUACUGAGUAACGGAUGACAAGGACAUGCCGGAGUGGUUGAGGAGGUGCGUAAUGAAGACCGUCAACAGCUCUCUAACCUGGUGCUAAUUACGCCGCAAUGACUCCUCUCCGGUGAGACCGCGCCCAAUGCAGCGUCCAAACAAAUCUCCCACCAAGUUCCGGAGCUCAGAUUGCCUCUUUUGCUGGUCCCCAUGAACGUGAGCCAUGUGCCUCGGCGUCUGUGGGUGUGGACUCUUCUCUGAUGAUGUGGAUAGCCCUGUGCUGCGAGAUCAGUAGCGCUCUCACCAGGGACCCUCUCAGGUCAGCAGCUGGGAGUGUUUGUGUGGCGACUCGGAUUUUGGGAAUUGAAAGGUUUGGGAGUUUGGGCACUGCGGCACCUCCGCGUUUGGUACUUGCAUGUCUCGUUGGGAUUCUACGCCUGUGGUGAGUGCUUGAGUCGUGGGUGAUAGAACUGGAUGUCCAUUGAGGUGCUAACGACGAGUUACUCAGUCGAUACGGCGUGCGGCUCAAUUGCGAGACGUCAAGUGUUUUCCUAUUUCUUUUUCGGAGGAGUUCGCUGCCAGUGCGAAGAGUUCGAUGGUUAGUUACGCUCAGGCUGGGGAAAAGCACUCAGCAUCUUCCAGCUCGUGGUUGUUUGUAUGCGAUUGUACAUCGUCGGGACACUCCUCACGCUCGCAUCCACUUAGCAUUAGAUUGUUUGCAGAUCGUAAAGUCUAAGCUUGUUAUGAGAUUGUAUACUUCUGCUCUUUCGGCGCAUCAAAAGUGAACCAUUGGUAUCUCAUGAAGGGGAUUGAUUGCCAGGGAGUGUGAAGCAUUUAGUGGACGCUGUAUUCAGGUUUGUAGUUACUCUAUCUUUCUACCUCCAGGGAAAUAUCAUUGUAGCGUAAAUGAGUGAAUGUUUUGGAAAAAUGAGCGAAUAGUGUAGCAGCUGGGUGACGAUGAAAGAUCGGUACAGCCAUCUUAUUCAAGAGGAUGUCAGUUCAACAUCAAGGAGCAGUGGCAGGGCUUCCCAGGAUUCCUCCUUAUCAAGUUCUUGCGAUGUCUCUAUCGAGUAUGCGUUAUUGGAAGCCACUAAGCUACCUCAACUAAUGUCGAGUUCUAAUAUCGAGGAUGAGCAAGCUUUGAAUUUCGCUCGGCAAGGCAGACCCUCUUGUUCUGACACUGAGCGGCGAGAGCUUGAAAAUGCAUCGUGGACCAGCAGCUUGCAGAGGGAAAAGGACAAUGUGACGGACGAUUUCAGGAUCCUUGGUAGCAGCUGGAGGUCUGAGGACAGCGAGGUUCUCGCGCUUUGGGAAGAGAAGUUGGAGCACACUGGGAAGGCGAUUCCGACUACCUUGGAGUGUCGGAAGUCCCCUGUGUUCCAACCCUCACGACGGGAAUCUGUGAAGAGUGUUGUGAAGAGAAUAGAAAGCUUGUCCCAUGCGAUGGCGAACAGCAAAGAGAAGCUGCGUACUUCAUGGGCGCGAAGCUCACCUGUUCACUCUAAGGCUGGUGCUUCUCCAGACAGCCCACGCCAUUCGGUGGACAAGAAAGUGGGCGGUCAAUCGCCUUGGCAAGACUUCACGAUAGACACCUCCCCACCUGGGAAGACAAGCGAGUCUAUAUUGCACAAUUCGCCGAAAGCACGCUACCGGUACGGUUCACCGUGUCGGAGGAUGGACUCAAGCGUAGAAUCCUCUCCAAAUCCCAGCUCAGCUCCGAAGCAGUUCCACCAUGCCGUUAGUUGUGAGAUUCGAUUGGGUUCUUCAACAGCUGCGGCGCCAGCGGAUUCCAGUCUACGCAGGUUGGCUGAGGAGAGACAAGGAGUCUCACCCUGGAAGCGUAGCAAUCUGGAGAAUGGAUUGCACGAUACUGGAAACGGGUUUGAAUCGCCUCUAGUGCGACCAAUGAUCUUGCCAGGGUCCAGGCCUAACCGCGAAACAUAUAGCAAGCGUGCAGGUAUCACUGGUGCCUCUGUGUCUGCACCUUAUGCUUCUCAAUUAAAUUCAAUGCGAUUUGCGUCAUCAAAUCCACCGAAGUUGGAUGACUCGGACGACCCACCGCGGACCAUUGCCGCAGCAGCUGAACGAGCACUGUCGCGACAAUGUACGAAGCUUAGCUUGGAAGCGUCUGAUAGAGCGUUGUCCCGACAAACUACGAAAAUGAGUGCCGAUGCGACUGAGAGAGCUUUAUCGCGCCAGUCUACAAUUAUUCGUCUGGAAGCAGUGUCCUUGUCUAUGGAGAGAUCCUUGGAAAGAACUUUGGAGAGGUGCUCUUCACAGUUGACGGAUGAAGGUAUGGUUAAUGAGUAUGCGACUGAAUCAGGUGGGCAGCACGCUCGAGCGGGAACUCCGAUUUCCCAAGAACCGGGUGAGCGGAAGGCUAGCCACAGAUACUACCAAAGGGUUACGUCGAGGGAGAGAAGCUCUCGAUGGAGCUCGUUUGAUGGAAAUCAAUUGCAUGAAAUUGACUUCAUUGCACCAUCCGCUGCGAGGUUUCUGGAAGAUGAAGGAUGCGUGUCUCCUGCCACAUCUCCUAUUAAGAGGCAGGGAACAGUGCCCUUCAAGUGGGAGGAGGAGCCUGGGAAACCGAAGGGAUUCUCAGAAUCUGCAUCAACUAAAUUUCACAGUGCCCUUCAACUUCCUCCUCGCCUUGCAUCAUUGCAUCUAAAGCAAUAUUCGCAAUCAUCGCCAGUUCCAUUGCGGGACCGGUACAUGAAUAUUUCGAUGAGUGCCCCGCUAGCUGAGCUCUACGCCAACCCUAUUCCUGAAUCUUCGUCCUCGGAAGUCCAGCACAUGGCUGUUAACCUCCCCAAGCCUCAAAUAUCCCGUGUAGUUACCACCUUGAAUUCGUGUUCGACUUUAUCAGAGAGGGGAUCUGGCUUGGGUGCUGCUGUGGAAUCGGUUAUGACUAAAUCAAGAUCUGUCGGCGAGGUCAGAAGCGCUCUUCAAAAUUUGUCUCGCUUUUCAGUAGGCACUGGGGAUGGAGAUCGAGGAGUGGCUCUAAAAUCUCGCGCUGCGAAUGCUCCUCCAGCUCCCCAACAGACGCCUGCUAGCAAAGCGAGGCCAACGUCUCCUAGAAGUAUCUUAUGCGGCCCGGAUGAUGAAAGUCGGCCAUCGUCAAAUCUUUCUUUAAGCUCUGAACCUGAUAUUCCUCGGAUUUCCCCGCCAGUGGUGAUAUGUUUAUCUCAGUGUAGUUCACCCUCCCCUGCCUCGUUCGACUCUCUUGAGCCCUCAAUUGAGCAUGACUCUCAGAUAUCGACUUUAGAAUCUAGCCUGACUUCAUCACUCCGCGCAAAUACUCGCUGCAAUAGUAUGACAUUUCAGGUUUUCGACCUUUCGCUUAUGUCUGGUCCAGAGCGCCAAGAUGGAUCUGCGCAGAAUGUGAAUGCAUUCGUCAAAUUCUGCAAGAGUGGGAAGCGAUGGGUGAAGAACAAAACCCGUCCCAACCGCCACAGAACAACUCGUGAUGAGCAACGAGCAUCACCUAUUUCCGAUUUCUCUGCACGUUUGGGAGGAGAAUCUCAGCAUGGACUUGAAGUCUCCACGACAGGUCGCAAUGACACAGUAACAGAGUGCCGCUUUGCACCAACCAGUUCAACCCUCCCAGUAGAUUAUUUGGGAAAUCGGUCUCCAGCAUACACCGCCACUCUAGAGCUGCUGUCGCCAGUUCAUGGAAUUCCUUCUAGAAAGUCGACUCUCCGAAGGAAACGUGCAGCUCGAACGACCCAGAAGCCAACCCGUCGAACGCGACUGAGAGUCCCAAUACAAGCCCGAUUCACGGUUCCAAUUCGCAGGGCCCUCAGGAGAUUUUUCUCCAGGUUCACUUUCCGGCGUCAAACCGUGAAACUGAAAACGGCUGCAGAAUCAAAACUACUCCACCAUGUAGACUACACUAUGUCUCCAGCGGACUUUCGGUUCUGCAAGCCAAAUUGAGAAUCAAGAGAAUGAUAUACGCGGAAUUCACCAGAUUCAGAAGGCCUCUGUAACUCGGUUUGUUGACACCACUUUCCUCCUUCAAGCACAGCUUGUGUCGUGUAGCAGAAACUGACCGCUCACUCUUCAAGUGCUGGUCCCGCUGUCUAACGCGGUUAAUAGUACGUGUGCUCGAGACAUCAAACCUCAACUCUGUCUUGCGUUGAGAUAGGUUUAAUACAACUAUCUCUCUUUGCCUUGCACAUAGAUUCAUCCUCCUAGCGAAUACACGUUAGCCUCGGCAUUCUGAAUUGUAGCCAGAAGCACAAGACUUAAGUCGGCCCCCUGAGAGUGAGAACCGCCAAGCACAAAAUCUUCCUGGCAAGGGGAAGAUUACAAUGGUCAUGUAAAAUAGCGGGGGUUUAAAUUUCUAACUACAGUACAGAGAUUUUGAGCAAUGCUGCGGAUGAGAUUAAGACCGUAUAUUAGGUUCUCAGUCUUGCUUUCUACUAAGUUGCCGUAGCGGCGAAUUGAAGAAACUCCACACUCUGGAUUAGUUUGACUUCAUAUGGCAAUUUUUUUCGCAUUUGAUGUA